AUGGCGUCCAUAUCAGUUGUCGUGAAGCAUCAGGGCAAGAAACACGAUGUCGAGGUCGACCCGAACUCCACCGGCGAGGACUUUAAGCUCCAGAUGUACAGCCUGACAAAUGUCGAGCCCGAGCGACAAAAGAUCCUGAUCAAGGGAGGACAGCUCAAGGACGAUGCGGACAUGAGCAAGCUGAACCUUAAGCCUGGUCAGCUUAUCAUGAUGAUGGGUACUCCCGCCUCUGGAGAUAUCGUCCGACCCAAGGAUGCUGUCAAGUUUGUCGAGGACAUGACAGAGGCUGAGCAGGCUCAGCAGGUUGGCGCCACACCUGCCGGCCUGAUGAACCUGGGAAACACUUGCUACCUCAACUCUACCCUCCAGACUCUGCGUCUGAUCCCGGAACUUCAAGAUGCCCUGUCCAAGUACACCCCGGACGCGGCUUCUGGUAGCCUCCUCUUGGGUGGCUCUUCAAACGAUCUGGCCGGCCACCUGGCCAAUCUGUAUAAGAAGAUGAGCGAAACGCAAGAUUCUUUCCCCCCUCUGAACUUCCUCAACGCCCUACGGAUUGUCUACCCCCAGUUUGCCGAAAAGUCCAAGACGGGUCACGGCUACGCCCAGCAGGACGCUGAGGAGGCCUGGACGCAAAUUGUUCAACAGCUGAGCCAGAAGCUUCGCAUCAAGGAUGAAGACUCAUCCGACACGUCGUUUGUGCAAAAGUACAUGUCGGGCGAAUUCUCGUCGGUUAUGGAGUGUGACGAGGAGGAGGCCCGCAACGGCGGCGAGCAGCCCAUUACCAGCACUGAAAGCUUCGGAAAGCUCAACUGCCACAUCGACAGCUCAACCAACCAUCUGCGAGAUGGCAUCAUCGCUGCUCUGAGUGAGAAGCUGGAGAAGAACUCAGAGGUCCUCGGCCGCGAUGCCGUCUACACCAAGACGUCCAAGAUCUCGCGGGCCCCCAAGUACCUCACGGUACACUUUGUUCGCUUCUUCUGGAAGCGAGAGACUCAGAAGAAGGCCAAGAUCAUGCGAAAGGUGACCUUCCCUAAGGAGCUUGAUAUUGUCGAGUUUUGUUCGGAUGAGCUGAAGAAGGCUCUGGUCCCUGUUCGUGACAAGGUCCGUGAGAUUCGCAAGGACGAGGAGGAUAUUGAGCGUGCCCGCAAGCGACGCAAGAAGAAUGUUGAUGUCGGCGACAUUCCAGGCGGUGCCGCUCUCCCUUCUGAGAAGGAGAAGAAGGAGGCCGAGAAGACGGCUGACGGCGACACUGUGAUGGGAGAGGAGGGUGAGACCUACAAGACGGAUGCCGAGAUUGAGGCCGAGAAGAAUGCCUCUCUCUUGGAGGCCAAGAAGGAGCUCUAUGCCCUCAUCAACCCCGAUCUCCGCCAGGACGACGGUGCUAACCAGUCCGGUCUGUAUGAGCUCCGAGGUGUCGUGACGCAUCAGGGUGCCAGUGCCGACAGUGGCCACUACACUUCAUACGUCAAGAAGGCCGCCCCUAUCGACCCCAAGACUGGCAAGAAGGGCGAGGAGGACGGCAAGUGGUGGUGGUUCAACGACGACAAAGUCUCCGAAGUACCAGCAGAGAAGAUUGAGACCCUCGCCGGCGGUGGUGAGUCUCAUUCUGCUCUCAUCCUGCUGUACCGGGCCAUCCCUCUGCCAACUGCUGAGGGCACCGAGGAGUAA